AUGGGCAUCGGAGUGCCAUGGCGGCGGCGACACGUAGCAAGCUCCGGCAUCGCGCUGGCCGCCGUCUCCUGGGCAGCAGUCUUCGUGGUGCCCUUGCAAGACAGGUGGAAGGCCUUGCCGAAAGGAUUGGUGCAGCGACAUGGGAUUCAACACCGAAGUCCAGGCGAGUCCUUCCCCACCCGUACCCGGUUGGCCUUCGAUGGCCUGGACGAUCUCGAGGAAGAGGAAGAAGAGCCGCUCAAUGAGACCGGAACGGUUCCGAAGGAUCGAGCAUUGAUACCUCGACCAGUCGGCAGCGGCUUUCAAAGUCUCGAAGACCUCUAUGACAAGCACAGGGGUACCAAAGAGGUCCCGGAGCUUGAGGAGGAGGAGCUUGAGGAGUUGCACGUCCUGCUGAAAGAUGAGAUCCAAAGGUGUCCAUCGAUCUCGUCUGUUGCCUGGGCAGCCAAAGCGCUGGAGGAGUUGGAGCUCGAGGAUGACGACGUCUUCGAGGUGAUUGCAGAAAAGGUGACGGAUCAGGUGGACGAGCUCAGCCCACAGGAGACUCUGGACAUAGUGCUGAGCUUCGGGGCCAUCUAUUACAACGAUGACGAGUUGUUGGAGACCCUCGUGGGUGCUGUUCGGAGGCAGAUGAAAUUCUUCACCAAUGCUGAGGUCGUCCGCCUAGCAAAUGCCAUGUCGCGCCUCGGUGGGCUGGAUGACACGAAGCACGUAGGCAUGUUCUUUGAGAUGCGGAAGCGCGUCAACAUGCCCUUGAUAGACAAGGCCAUCAGGCCAUCCGAUCUCUUUAUGCCUCGUGCUGCCGGCUGUGAAGGUAACUUCAACAGAAGCACCUGCCAUGCUGUAUCGCCCCUGGUUGGCCCCAGAAAGUCACGUACUCCCCCCUCCAUGAUACAGUCGGGCUGUCGCAAUGGGCGCAGCUUGCAUCGCGAGACACCUUGA